UUCAAAAUCAAGAAAAUUCAGAAUAGCAAUAUAAAUGGCGUAAUAACAGUAGAAUGGACUGGUUUAUAUUUGGCUGAAAAUGAGUCACCACUUCACAAAGUAAUGUAAUUCUAAGUAUUUAAUUACAGGCUUUUUUGUUUUGUUUUUAAGUUUCCAGGCCUAUAAAAAGUCUACCAUUUCUGUAGAAAGAUAAUUAAUUGCUUAGGGUCUUACCUUGCCUCCAUUUUGCAUCUCCUUGUUAGAGAUUUGACAUUGUCUUUGAAACAUUUAAUGAAAAACAUUGAAACCAGUUAAAAUUAGCUUUGCUUUCCAUUUCUCCACUCACUACAUUUAUCUCAUCUUGUUUUGUUUUAGAUCACUGUGUCCACUACUAUGAUCUUCGUAACACUAAACAGCCAAUCAUGGUGUUCAAGGGACACAGAAAAGCAGUCUCUUAUGCAAAGUUUGUGAGUGGUGAGGAAAUUGUCUCUGCCUCAACAGACAGCCAGCUAAAACUCUGGAAUGUAGGGAAGCCAUACUGUCUACGUUCCUUCAAGGGGCAUAUCAAUGAAAAAAACUUUGUAGGCCUCGCUUCCAAUGGAGAUUAUAUAGCUUGUGGAAGUGAGAACAACUCCCUCUACCUGUACUAUAAAGGACUAUCUAAGACUUUGCUAACUUUUAAGUUUGAUACAGUUAAAAGUGUUCUGGAUAAAGACCGAAAAGAAGAUGAUACAAAUGAGUUCGUUAGUGCUGUGUGCUGGAGGGCACUACCAGAUGGGGAGUCCAAUGUGCUGAUUGCUGCUAACAGUCAGGGUACAAUUAAGGUGCUAGAAUUGGUGUGAAGGGUGUACUGAAGUCAAAUUGUGCUUGAUCCUGCUGAAAUACAUCUGCAGCUGACAAUGAGAGAAGAAAACAGAAAUGUCAUGUGAAGACUCUCCCCAAAGUUGUCAUGGGUUUUGGAUUUCUCUUGAGUACCUUUUUCCUUUUUUUCCUCCUUUUAUGACCUUUGGGACAUUGGGAAUACCAAGUGAACUCUACACCAUCAAUGUAACUCCACGGACUUUGCUGCUGUUGGUGGUGUGGUUAUCUAAUUUUUGUGAUAGGAAAACAAAUUCUUUUGAAUAAAAAUAAAUAACAAAAAAAUAAAAGUUUAUUGAGCCACAGCUAAUCAGGAAAAGUUUUUGUCAAAUGUUGGAAGAUAUACUCUUCAAUAAGUAACACACAUGAACUAAGCAAAAUGUACCAGUGAAUAAUUUUAAAGUCUCUUUGGAAUUAUGCCUAUCAGUGUAAACAAAGUAUGAAGUGAACCUUCCAGUGAGCUCAGUGUUGUUUACAGUAGAAAAGAUUAUAUUAUGAAUUCCUUCAUUCUCUGACCAGAUUUGUAUUCAUCAGCUAGUAGAAAAGAUUAUAUUAUGAAUUCCUUCAUUCUCUGACCAGAUUUGUAUUCAUCAGCUAUGCCAUACUCUUCAGUCCCUCUGGAUCUGGCCAUUGACCUGAAAUUUUGACUUAUUGAGGCCACAUUCAAACAGAAAGGGAAUGUCAGUCUUUAAAAACGGUAGUUUUCUCUUUGCCUUUUAAGGAUCAUACAAACAUACUAUAAGUCCUAAAUGUGUACCAAAUCAGCUUGCUUUCAUAAAAAUCAUAGCCUUCAGUCAUAGCUAUCAGUACCAACCAGAAGUAAUCAGAGACUUAGAACAAGGGUCAGCAAGCAAACUUUCAGGCUCUGCAGGCCAUGGGUCUCUGUUACAGCUGCUCAGUUCUGCCAGUAAUCAGGUGAGUAGCCACAGACAAAGUGUGAAGAAAUGGAUAUGACAAGAACACAAGUGGAGUUUCACAUUUUGCCAGCCCCUGACUUAGUGGAAAAGGGUUCCAAACUCUAUGACCUAGGUUUAAAAGCCAUGUAAUCUCUUAGAUUGCUUAGUUAAUUUUAUAAACUGAUUGCAGUUUGUAAAUGGAAAGAAGUUAGAAUUUCAGGUCAAGUAAAAAUGACAUUAAAAGCUACUUUAAAAAUCUGGACACUUUUUAGCAAAAGAUGUAAGCAAAAUUAUCUUCCAUCAUUUUAUAAAAAAUAAAACACUUGAAGAGGGUUAUUGGUUGACUAAAGCUAUACAUGAUGGGGAUAAAUCAGAAUAUCCCAGUGUAUCCCUCAAGUUAAAAUUAUUAAAAUCUAGAACUCUU